AAAAUCGAUCAGCAAUUGGUGGGGCGGCUAAGUAAACGUGGCUACUCGUUUUCCCUGCACUACAGAGUGCACUUAUUCGGCUUCGUCAGAAUAAAAUCAAAGAAUCGUAGAAUGCAUAAAUUCAUUUGAAAUCGUGAGCUAGUCUUGUUUAAACCGUCUCUGUCUGCGUGCUCAAAAUGUAUUGGAGCGGUGCCGCAUUUUGUAUAUUUUUAUUUAUUACUCACACCUCAGGGGUACCCCCCGUAAUAAGAGUCGGUGCACUAUUUCCAAAACAUACGGGAAAACACAGCUCUGAACUGGCCUUUAGAUAUGCGGUUCAUAGAUUAAAUCGGGACAAGAGUCUUCUGCCAGAAACUAAAAUUGUCUACGAUAUUGAAUACGUCAGUCGAUUUGAUUCGUUUGACACAGUACAAAAAGUUUGCAGACUUGUGCAGGUUGGUGUUCAGGCUAUUUUUAGUCCAACCGACUCUGUUUUGGCAACUCAUAUAAAUUCUAUAUGUGACGCCCUGGAUAUUCCAGAUAUAGGUCGUUCCACCCACGACUUUUCCAUUAACGUUCAUCCAUCACAACAAUAUGUUAACAAUGCAUUCAUCGAUGUUAUACGCUAUCUGAAUUGGACUAGGUUCGGCAUUUUGUAUGAAAAAGAUUAUGGAAUUAUUAAUUUACACCAGCUUUCACGCUCCAUUCAAGCGGAAGUGCACAUGCGAAAAGUAUCCCAAGCAUCGUACCUGUCUGUACUGAACGAGUUUAAGAACAAAGAGAUACAUAACAUAAUAAUUGAUAUAAACUCGGACGGCAUUACAGCGUUGCUGAAAAAUAUUCUACAACAGCAGAUGAAUGAGUAUAAAUACCACUACUUUUUCACAAGCUUCGACCUGGAAACCUUUGAUUUGGAAGACUUUAAGUAUAAUUUUGUUAACAUAACAUCGUUUCGCCUGGUCGAUAUCGGUGAUGUAGCUGUGAAGGAAAUUUUGAAGGAUCUUGAGUUCUUUGGUCGGACAAUUUUCCAAGAAUCCGAUGCAAACUUGUAUUUACGAAAAGCUGUAACGAUUGAGACGGAACCGGCACUAAUGUAUGAUUCGGUUUAUGUGUUUGCUAUUGGACUGCAGACGUUGGAGCAGUCACAUACGUUGUAUCUAUCGAAUUUGACAUGUGACGAUGAAAUUCCGUGGAAUGGGGGCUUAAGCUUGAUUAAUUAUAUAAAUGCGGUUGAAUGGAAAGGUCUGACUGGUCCUAUUCAAUUUAAAGAAGGUCAGCGUGUUCAGUUCAAGUUGGACCUAAUAAAACUGAAGCAACACUCCAUUGUUAAAGUUGGAGAGUGGACACCCCAGGGUUAUCUCAAUAUAACCGAGCCUUCAGUGUUCUUUGAUUCCGGAUCAAUGAAUGUCACACUGGUAGUAAUAACGAUACUGGAAACGCCAUACGUAAUGAUGCAUUAUGGGAAAAAUUUUACGGGAAAUGAAAGAUUCUACGGAUUUUGUGUCGAUAUUUUGGAAACGAUUUCACACGAGGUUGGUUUUGAUUACAUACUAGAUCUAGUACCCGAUAGAAAGUACGGUGCCAAGGAUCCCGAAACCGGAGAAUGGAAUGGAAUGGUUGCACAGCUAAUGAAAUAUAAGGCUGAUUUGGCUGUCGGCUCUAUGACUAUUACAUAUGCAAGGGAAAGCGUUAUUGAUUUCACAAAACCGUUUAUGAAUCUUGGAAUCAGCAUAUUAUUUAAGGUACCCGAAUCAGAUCCAACCAGAUUGUUCUCUUUUAUGAAUCCUCUGGCAAUAGAAAUCUGGAUAUAUGUUUUGAUUGCGUAUUUUCUUGUGUCAAUUAGUAUAUAUAUUGUGGGAAAACUUUCUCCUAUCGAAUGGCACUGUAUUCACCCCUGUGACUUGGAUAACAUUACGAUUGGCAAUCAGUUUACAAUGUCUGACAGCUUCUGGUUCACUAUCGGAACAUUAAUGCAACAGUCAUCAGAUAUAUAUCCGAGGGCAACGUCAACACGUAUAAUUAGCAGCAUUUGGGGAUUUUUCUCACUGAUUAUUGUGGCAUCAUAUACUGCCAAUUUGGCCGCAUUUUUAACUACCGAACGAAUGAUAAACCCCAUUGAGAACGCCGACGAUUUGGCAACUCAGACUGAAAUUUCUUACGGCACAUUGGAGAGUGGCUCUACGAUGACAUUCUUUCGGGAUUCUAUGAUUGAAACUUACAAGAAAAUGUGGAGAAGCAUGGAUAACAAGAAGCAAUCGGCAUUCACUACUACGUAUGAAGACGGCAUAAGGAGAGUCAAUCAGGGCAAUUACGCAUUUUUAAUGGAGUCCACAAUGCUUGAUUAUAUUGUGCAGCGCGACUGUAACUUGACCCAAAUAGGGGGACUACUGGAUACAAAAGGAUAUGGCAUCGCCACACCUAAGGGUUCGCCAUGGCGAGACAAGAUAUCUUUGGCGAUAUUAGAGCUCCAGGAGAAGGGAGACAUUCAAAUGCUAUACGACAAGUGGUGGAAAAACACUGAUGAGACGUGUACUAGGAGGAGCACCAGCAAACAAUCAAAGGCCAAUGCAUUAGGGCUAGAAAGUAUAGGUGGUGUAUUUGUGGUCCUAAUGGCUGGGAUUAUUGUCGCAGUUAUUGUUGCGUUUUUUGAGUUUUGGUUUAAUUUUCAAUGCAAUGAAAACGCCAAAUCACUGCAGAAAAAUAUCUGCCACUUCGCUGAAGAAGCACAUACGGAUAGCGAAUGUGUUUACAUACCACCCAAGCGCUCUGUCUGGAUCGAAAUGUUUGAGGAACUUCGCUAUGCUUCGUGGUGCAUGAACAAACAAAAAAAACCAGAGCUUACUCAGAUAUGUAACGAAUGUCAGUUUAAUCAUGGAGCGAUGGAUUAGUAUUAACCUUUAAUUAAAUGAAUUACUACGAAUGUAAUUUAUUUAAUAUAUUUACUAAUACUAAGAAAUUAACAUCGUUUUUAUCAUAAUUAUUAUAACUACAAUUUGCAUAGUUUGAUUGAUAAAUGCGAGACCAAAGCUUCAUACCAUUGCCAAUUGUACGUCCCUAUUAUAUUAAUACCACAAUGUUCCCCCAAUUUACAUGUACAACAUGCACGAAAUAAAUACGAAAGGCAAUACGAUUGAAAACCACUUAUAAAUACAUAUGAGGACUUCUUAACAAUGAUUACACGAUAUCGAUUUCUACACCGGCAUAUAGCCAUAGGAGCUCUCUAUUUGCUUUUGACGAUAACUGUUCUUGGCCUCAUCUAUGUCCUGUCAAUCUUUAACAGCACUGAAUUACCAUUUAUGGUUAAAUCUCCAUCAUUGCCAGUGCAGAGUUCUAAAAAUCAGCAAAAGUCUAUUAUAAAUAUCGAUGAUAAAGAAAAUAAGCGUGUCUCUAGUAAUGGCCAAACAACACCACUCCUCCCGCUUACCAGUAACGAAACUAGUGAUGAUCAGCAACAUAUAUACAUCGACGAUGUUUAUAAGCCGGAAAAAGCGGUUAGGUCGUUUAAGUUGGAAUACUUUUCUACUCGUUCGUCUAAAUUCACAGCAAAUGGGGGACAGGGGCAUCAUGAACUGUCCCAAUUAACCUUAGAAUUAGGUUCCGGAACACCAACACGUAUUGAUAAAUUUAAUGAGCUCGACAGAUCAAGAGACACGUACGUUGAUAACGAAGAAGCAAGUGGAUCAUCAAUAUCUGAUGAUACAGAUAUAAACGUUUCUUUUGAUUUAGACACAAAAAAGUUCAUAAAACGCAUAAACUUACGAUUAUUGAAAAAAGCUGCGUCAAAUAUGACCGCGGGAAGUGCAAAGGGAAGAGAGCACGACAGUCUUUUAAAACAGAGAUCGGACAAUGGCAAGAUGCCUAAGAAGGGAGCAUAUAAAAAUAAAAAAAAAAUUGAAUUGCCAACUAAACAAAGGGAUCUUGGGAGCACAAAGCCAGUGGGACGCUUAUUGAUCAGAGAUUACCGAAAACAGGAACGUCGCAUCAUCAGCAACGAGAAGGAGAGUGCAGAUCGAUCCCGAAAGCUUUUAUUGUGCGAAAAAGAAACUGAAUCUGGAAUUGAAGUGGAAAAUGAGCUAUGCCGAAUGCUAUUUAAAGAAUCCUAAAUAAUUGUAUGUCCUUGUACAUAUGUGUGCCCAUUCGACUGUAAGACGCCGAUAUUGUAGUUUAGAUUGAAAUCACGAUAAAAUAUUUAGUCAAGGCAAAUAAAGCUAACUGAGGGUUGAGAUCUUGG